AUGGGCGACGAGGGUUGCGACGACGCGGGAGCGUCGCUGCUGUCGCAUGAGAGCGAGCCGGAGUGGGCGCAAGUGGCGGGCAUGGCGAGCGACCUCGUCGUCACCAUCGGCCAGCGCGCCUUCCACGUGCACCAGUACCCGCUGUACGCGUUACUAGCCUUCCACGUGCACCAGUACCCGCUCUUCUCCCUAUCAACGGUGAUCGCCAACGCGGCAGCAGCAGCGGGCGAGGGCACGGGCCCCAUGCAAGCGGACCUCUCGUUCCUCCCUGGCGGCGCGCUCUCCUUCGUCCCCAUCGCCUGCUACUGCUACGGCCGCCCCUGCCGCCUCUCGCCCCACUCCGUGCUGCUCGUGCGCUCCGCAGCAUCGCUGCUGGAGAUGAACGCGUGUGGGCCCAGCCACGCACUGCCGUUGCCACAGCUGGCAUCGCAGCGACUACAGCACUUCCUGCAGCAGUGGCCGCACUGCCUGCAUGUGCUCUCAUCCUGCAGCGCCCUGCCACCCUCCAACGACGCCAGGGCUGCUCGGGCUGCAGCUGCUGACGCUGCUGCCUCUCUGCUCAUUGCUCGAAGCAAAGCUCCACACGAAGCAUCAAAGAAAGCAGCAGGCGGCGAAGCAGGCGGGGCAGCAGGUGGGGCAGCAGAGCAGCAGGGCGAUUUGAUGAAGCUGGCUCUGAGGGACUUCUGCCUCGUGCUCAUCAGCAGGCCCUGCAGCACCUCUCGCACCUCCUCCCCGACCCCGCCGCCCUACCUCUCUCUACCAACUUGCUCUUCCACCUGCUCUCAGGCUAACACAACCCCCCCACUUUCUUCCUCUCUCUGUCUCUCGCCCCCCUUCCCGCCCUCCCCUCAACACACCAACAGGCAGGCCCUGCAGCAUCUCUCGCGUCUCCUCCCCGACCCCGCCACUCUGCCUCUCUCCACCCACCUGCUCUUCCACCUGCUGGCAGACGCCUGCCUCUGCGCCAUGCCACGCUCCUCCCUGCUCUUCCUCUUCCGAGCUGCCGCACACCGCCUCACGAGGGAUGUGGAGGUGGAGAAACAUCUGCUGCCCCUCCCCAUCCCCUAUGUCCAUGCGAUAGUAACGGAAUUCGUAGCAGCUCAGGAGGGGCGGCCUCCAGCCCAGUCCCAGAGGGACCUCACCAGAGCAGCAGCGCUCAUUGAUGAAUUCUUGGCAUGCCGGUGCCAAGCCAUGGGCCAACCGAUGCAUGCCACUGCCGCUGCUGGUAGCAGCAGCGGCAGCAGCAGUGGCAGUGGCAGCACAGUAAGUAGUGGCAGAAGCGCUAGUAGCACAAUCACAAGCAGCAACACGGAUAGCAGCAGCAGCAGCAGCAGCAGCGGUGGGGGCGGCGGUGGCAGCAGCAGCAGCAAAGUCGGAGCAAGAGUGAGUGUGGGCGAUUUCAAGCGGCUUGUACGAUCCUUCUCUCCCCACGCACGGCCCAGCCACGACGCCCUGUGGGGAGCCGUGAGCGCGUUUGCAGCGAGCGGCGAGGAGGAAGGGGACGUGCUGAGCGUGGGUGAGCUGAUCCACGUGGAGCGCAUGUCCACGGCCGUGCAGGACGAGGCUAUUGCAUGCGUCCACACACCGCUUGCUUUCACCGUGCGCGUGCUCUGUGCCCAGAAUCAGGCGCUAAAGACAGGGUCACAGGGGUGGAUGGAUGAGAUCAGCAGCCUCAGAGCACAGCUGCAGCAAGCACAUGAGGAGGCAGAAGCAGAGAGAACCAAGCGGCGUGCAGCAGAGCAGCAGGUGGAGGUGGAGAGGGCAGCAGGGCGGCAGGCGCAGGAGGCGAUGCUGAGCAAGGUGCGCGAGCUGGUGGACGAGGUGCGGGGGCUCACAACCCACAACUCCGACCUGCGGCAGAACCUCGCCAUCCUGCAGGCGACUGUCAAGAAAAAAACACUGUUUCUGAAGAAGUAG